AUGAUGUCAGCCUUGGCUAAAGAUAAACAGUUUCCUGCACUGAAGAAAAGAGGGGGUGUGUGUUCCCCAAGUAACCAUGAGUUCCGACAGAAGGAAGGUCAUUGGCGCUCCAAACAUUCUGUCAGUACUGUGUCCUACUCGGAUCAGCCCAGGCAGCAAUAUGAGACGUCUCCCUUUACAGUUCACAUGAAAAACACCUACCAGUUAGGUCCCACUAAAUAUUUUCCGGUGGCCACUGUCAAUCGUAUUUUGAAAGAUGUACUAACCGCCUAUCUACAAGAAGCAAAAUAUGACCCGGAGUUCUGCAAGCAGAUGACUAAAACAAUUUCUGAGGUUAUUAAAGCCCAGGUCAAAGAAUUAAUGAUUCCCCGGUAUAAACUAAUUGUGAUUGUUUACAUCGGACAACGAGAUUGUCAGAGCAUACUGAUUGCCAGCAGAUGCCUCUGGGAUCCUAAAAGUGAUACCGUUUCAUCCUAUACAUUCACAAAUUCUACUCUCUUUGCUGUUGCAAAUGUCUAUGGGGUCUACUUCGAAUGA